AUGAAGUGCAUUUGUGCACUAUUUGUGCUCGCCGUCUUCAUCGGCGCCUCCAACGCCGAUUUGUUCACGUCGAUCGCCGACAUGCAGAGUUUGUUGGAGACCGAGAAGAACAUCCCAAAAGUGCUUUUCAAGUAUAUUGCUCAGGAGGAGCAGAGAUUGGCCGAAUUGAAAAAAUUGUCGGAGGAGUACGCGAAAACCAACGAGAAAUCGAUUGAGACGGGCCUCAAGGAUAUCACGAAUCCGAUCAACGCGUUCCUAUUGAUUAAAAAGAAAAUUUUCGAUUGGAAGAACAUUGAGGCGAAAAUGAACGCGAACAAGGCCGGCGGUUUGGUGCAAUCGUUGGCCGAUGACAACUAUGGUGUGCGAUAUCCGACGUCGGAGGAUCUUGCCGGCUCGGCGAUGGGACUUCUCCGCCUUCAGGACACCUAUCGACUCGACGCCAAGGAUUUGGCCGAUGGGAAAAUCUAUCAGGAGCAGGGCAAUUAUACGUUCUCAGCGCGCGAUUGUUUUGAAAUCGCGAAAGCUGCAUACAAUGAGCACGACUUCUAUCACACCGUCAUGUGGAUGCAGGAGGCGCAGAGGCGAUUGGGGCAAGAGGACGAGCCGACUGCCGAUUUGGACGACAUUCUCGAAUAUCUUGCGUUUGCCCUUUACAAGCAGGGAAAUCUGAAGCACGCGCUCAAGCUCACCGAGGAGUUGUUCAAACGAAAUCCGAAUCAUCCGCGCGCCAAGGGCAACGUCAAAUGGUACGAGGACCUUUUGGAACAGGAGGGGGUUCGACGAAGCGACAUGCGAAAAAACCUUCCGCCCAUUGUGAAUCGCCGACCCGAUAGUGUUCUUGGCAACGAGGAGAGAACGAUGUAUGAGGCUCUUUGCCGGAAUGAGGUGCCCGUGAGUGUCAAAGACGUGUCGAAGCUUUAUUGCUAUUACAAACGCGAUCGUCCGUUUUUGGUGUACGCGCCGAUCAAGGUCGAGAUCAAACGAUUCAAACCGUUGGCGGUCCUCUUCAAGGAUGUCAUCAGCGAUUCGGAGAUCGAGGUGAUUCAGGAGUUGGCGAAGCCGAAAUUGGCGCGCGCCACCGUUCACGACUCGGCGACUGGCAAACUUGUGACGGCGACGUAUCGCAUCAGCAAAAGCGCGUGGCUCAAAGGAUGGGAGCACGAGGUUGUCGAGCGCGUCAACAAGCGAAUCGACAUGAUGACGAAUCUCGAAAUGGAGACGGCCGAAGAGCUCCAGAUUGCCAAUUAUGGAAUCGGCGGGCAUUAUGAUCCGCACUUUGAUCAUGCCAAGAAGGAGGAGUCGAAGUCGUUCGAGUCGCUUGGAACCGGAAACCGAAUCGCCACCGUCCUCUUCUAUAUGUCGCAACCGAAAUAUGGCGGUGGUACGGUAUUCACCGAGGUGAAAACAACGAAUUUGCCGACGAGAAACGACGCGCUCUUCUGGUACAACCUUCAUCGGCAGGGCGACGGAAACGUGGACACCCGACACGCGGCGUGUCCGGUGCUCGUCGGCAUCAAGUGGGUGUCGAACAAAUGGAUUCAUGAGAAGGGCAACGAGUUUCGUCGGCCGUGCGGCCUCAGAAUUUCCGACCACGAGCGAUUCGUCGGCGAUUUGGGCGUCGGACCCGAGCCGAGAGACGCGCCGAACUUGUCGCCGAUUCUUUCCAAGGAUGUCUGGACGACACUCUAA